AUGCUGGAUAUAUGUCCUCAGAACUUGGUGGUACGAAAGACGAAAGACAAGCUCAGAAAUAUGGACACUGCGGAGGGCGAAUCUCAAGUGUAUCUAUGGAGCGACAACCAAUCUCCCGGGGUUCCGGACGGAGCCUACAAACACACUCUUGAUGAAUACUACUAUGAGAAGAAUACUCUGAAGCAACGUUACUUUGUCUCGUCCGUUGCAAAUGGUACUUCAACUGGAGUGUAUCGCCAUCAUGCCGUGAGAAUGGAUUCUACAGCCAAGUGUUCAGUCGAAGAGAAUCUUUUGAAAAGCUGCUCAGGCAAAAAUCCAUUUCGAACGUCUUUCGUUAGCGAAAGGUUAAAGAUCGAAAUUUGCGUAGAGGGAAGUUAUGACGCCGUCCCAUGGACCAAGAGUCGAGACAAGCAAGAGCACUCGGAAAGAAUGUGGCUGUCCUGGACUUAUGAUGAUAGUGAGGAUGUCGAGGACGAAGAGUCAGUCGGGCAACCGAUCUGGAAACCGAACAGCAGAGACAACUAUGUGCUCAAGUGCUCAAGUGAAUCGAGAAGAGGAUGGUUUGAGCUGCCCAGCAAUGUCAACGGAUUCAAUGCUGGACCUCUUCUGGAUAAGUGGCCUUCGCAACAUAAGAUUAUGGACGAUUACAACGAUAUCCGGGACAAAUGGUCCCCCGACGAGGAGAGGUAUGCAGCCAGUGUAGAAGAUGAGGGACCAAGUUGGCGCGAGGCCUUUCCUAUCCGUCGAAACAAUCCCUUGGAGUCUCGUUAUAUGCUAACUCCGGGACCUCUGAUGACAGCGGCUUUGACAUGA